AUGUCUUCAGAUAAUCAGUGGUCAGCAGAAGAGGAUGAAGGCCAAUUAUCCCGACUAAUCAGGAAAUCUAGAGACUCCCCCUUUGUCCCUGUAGGUAUAGCAGGCUUUGUGUCUGUGGUGUCCUAUGGUCUUUACAAGUUAAAGUACAGAAGAGAUCAGAAAGUGUCAAUUCAUCUUAUUCACAUGAGAGUUGCUGCCCAAGGAUUUGUUGUCGGAGCUGUGACUCUAGGUGUUCUCUAUUCUAUGUAUAAGGAUCACAUUAGACCUCGAUUCUUCAGUGAGUCCAAAAAAUGA